GAAACUUUCUAAUGGGAUUCUUCGGGUCUUUUUUCCCUUACUCAGGACAUAUUGAGGAUACAACAUCAGUUGAGUUUGCUUCUGUUGCAAUUUGUUCAACCUUUUUUUCAUAAAACGACUGGACUGUAAUCUGACUGUCGCGCCUCCCCUAAAGAGAAAGACCCCGCCCGCUUCAUCUCGUUCCAUGAGCGUUCAUCAGAACAAUAUCAAAGUACAGCUGUUCUGUUGGUGCACUUACUACAUCGUAUUUGCAUUGGACGAUAACCCUGAGUGAUUUGAGCAAAAAUGUCUGGUAACGAUCUGUUUUACCCUCGUCUUGCCAAGGAGAGGAGUAAACACAAGAAGAAGAGGUUGGUGCAGAGUCCCAACUCCUACUUCAUGGAUGUAAAAUGCACAGGGUGUUACAGGAUCAACACUAUUUUCAGCCAUGCCCAGACUGUGGUACCUUGUGCAGGCUGCUCUAUAAUCCUCUGCCAACCAGCAGGGGGGAAAUGCAGACUAACUGAAGGCUGUGCCUUCAGAAAGAAAUAUUCCUGAGCAGAAAUGUGCAAAACAUCCAUGACAGGCAGCAGAAUGGAAGAAUGGACCAUGGAAAAAUGAGUCUGAGCCUCACACUAUGUGCUUCUAAGUGUGUCAAAUCCUUUGUAGAGAAAUAUGUAUUUUGACGAUUUUAUGAUCCAUAUCUUGAUCUUGGUGUUUCAUAGUACAGAGCAGGAGAGGAGCUAUGGAAGCUCAAGUUAAAUCAUACACAUGUAGAUGUUCCAAUAUGCUCAGAUUGAAUUGUAUAUACAGUAUAUCCGAUUGAUAUGAUAAAGCACUUCAUGUACAGUGGUUUUGACUACUUUUAUUGAUUAAAUAAAACAUGUUUUGAAAUCUUCAAAAUGCACAAAGAGUCCAAUGAGUCAUGAUUUCUGUAAAACAUUUAUUAGGUUGACAUAAAGGGAGUUGUUAAAUGAAAUAUUAUAAAAUGGUCUCAGGCAUGUGUGAGUCCCUUUCCAUGGCCCUGGCGUGAGAUGAAACCAUGAUGACCACCACAAACAAAAAUAAAAACAUUUUUUUGAAUUUA